AUGGCAUGUAAGAAUCAGAAGAGGCUUCUGAAGCACCAGAUCGUCAUGAAACGAGGUUCUGCUGUGGAUAGGGAAAUCAGUCAAAAAUACGCAAAUGACAAGAAAAUGAGCACCAAGGAGAAGGAGGAGCGCGCUCUUUUUCGUAAAAACGAAGUUGCGGAUUCAGAAGCCACAUACUUGUCGAUUUUCUUCACCAACGUACUGUUCCUUUCGAUUAUGAUCGUCAUGAAACGAGGUUCUGCUGUGGAUAGGGAAAUCAGUCAAAAAUACGCAAAUGACAAGAAAAUGAGCACCAAGGAGAAGGAGGAGCGCGCUCUUUUUCGUAAAAACGAAGUUGCGGAUUCAGAAGCCACAUACUUGUCGAUUUUCUUCACCAACGUACUGUUCCUUUCGAUUAUGUUGUUCUUAGCAUUUUUCCUGCUUGCAAACCUCACACCUAUCUUUAAUUCUCUGCUCUCUGUAAUAGGAUCCGCAGGUCUCGUAGCAUUCCUUUCUACUGCUAAAAAUUAG